AUGGCUACAGCGUGGCUGCCGAAAGUUCGAGUGGCUGCUUGCAACGUUGCGCCUGUCUUCCUGGAUACCGCCAAAACGGUGCAGAAGACCGUCUCGCUGAUACAAGAAGGGGCGAAUAAUCGAGCCGAUCUGAUUGUGUUUCCAGAAGUCUAUAUACCUGCUUAUCCUCUGUGGGCCGCUAUCGCCGCUCCGAUUGACAAUCACUCCUUCUUCACCCGGCUUGCCCGCGAAAGUCUCCUCAUCAACGGUCCCGAACUGUCGCUCCUGCGGCAGACCUGUGCGCAAUCUCGCGUCUUCGCUCAUGUUGGAUUCAACGAAAGAAGCCCUGCCAGUCUGGGAUGCAUCUACAACUCGUCAGUGCUGAUCUCUGACGAAGGCAAGAUUGUGAACCAUUCGAGAAAGCUUGUGCCGACGUUCUACGAGAAGCUGACUUGGGCGAAUGGUGACGGGUAUGGUUUGGAUGUCGUGGAAACGGGCAGGUGUGGCCGUGUAGGAAGUUUGAUUUGUGGAGAAAACACGAACCCGUUGGCGAGAUGGUCACUGAUGGCACAAGGUGAACAGCUACACAUCACCACCUGGCCAGCCGUAUGGCCCACCAGAAGGCCGCAAGCGACCGAAGAUGGUGGAAAACAGUACGACAACAUCGCGGCGAAUCGAACGAGAACAGGAGCCCAUUGCUUCGAAGCGAAGUGUUUCGGUGUCAUGUGUUCGGGCUUCAUGGAUCAGGCCAUGAAAGAUGCCUUGACCAAGACCCACCCAUCCGCUCUCUCAACUUUGCAAAGCCUUACUCAAGGCGCAUCAAUGUUCCUCGAUCCCACAGGCGCCCAAGUCGGCGACAUGGUUCAGGGCGAAGAAGGCAUCGCAUACGCAGAUCUGGAUCUCAAUCAAUGCGUUGAGCCAAAGCAGUUCCACGAUGUUGUGGGCGGGUACCAAAGAUUCGAUGUCUUCGAUCUCAAAGUGAGGAGGGAAAGGCUGGGCGCUGAGAAGGCCACACGCCUUGUCGAAGCCAACCAACGCCGUACUGUCGUUUUCGUUACUCAUCGAUCAUCGACCAUCUGA